GGAUAACGAAAAGACGAUGAUGACACUAGUUUCUUAUGCACCAGAGAGAACAUUCGAUUGAAUGGAAGCGUACGAGUUGGUUGAUUUUGUUUAUAAGUUGCUUCCAUUGUGAAGAAAAAAAUACAUAAAAGUGCUGAGAUUAUGAAUAGUUUACUAGAAAAAUGUGCACUGAUUUUCCGAUGAAUACCUAGAUAGAGUUUAACCAAACCAUUGUUGAAGUGCAUCAACUGGAAAAAAAAGUUCUAUAGUGUCUGAUUUCGUGGAAAGGACAGUCAGCAAUAUCUGCAGCAUUCUAUUUAUAGAUGAGUCAAAAUUUAGAAGACAGUCCAAUAUCGGACAACAAAAUGGACAUAUCGGAAACAACCACAUCUCAGGAUUCGCCUCCCGGUUAUUCGCCAGAAGCGGAGGAAUGCAGUGGGGAAUAUAGGCAGGAUCAUCGUGGCAGUGAUGUCACUAUCGCUCCAGAAAGAAUGAUGUCAACUGUUAGAUCCGCAAAUGAUACUUGUUGUGGUAGCAGUACGACGUAUCAGCAGCAAGAAAUUCUUUCCAAAUACCUUGACAAUCGUAAUGAUGAUCCGAUAAAUGUUGAUAUGUUAAGUUCAAAAACAGGAAUCCGCACUACCAAUAGUGGCCUAACACCGGUCAGCAAUCACCCGUUGAUGCUGAUGUCACCCACUGGCAGCGAGUCGGACUCAUCUGAGGUGGUCAAUGCCAAUAAGAAUCACCAGGGACUGCGAAACUACUAUCAGUUCCCCGAUGUAGUACCGGUUAGCGAGCAGCCGCCCCUACGCUUGGCCAAUCCGUUUCCAAACAGACCUGAGGCGACAGGGACUCGCACCGGGACAACAUCGAAAACAACCACUUCAACCAGAUCGACGACGUCCACACUGGACGUGAUAAACAACAUAGAUAAUGCUAAUACUGUGAAAAAGGCUUCCUUGCUGCAAGAUGCAAGUCCGGAUUUCUUAAGCAGUGGAUCUGAGCUGGAUUUAUCGCAGUUUCAAGCAUCGGUUACGCCGACAUUCCAAUCGGUUGCUCUGGUGCAAUCGCAAUCCAACUCCCAGCUACAGCAAGUGUUCCAACACAAAUCCAUAUCGCCCAGACUGCACAAACGACGGAAAGGUCCCUCUGCUACGGACCUGUUGGUAGAUGAUAUAAGUUCGUUUGAAGAAACCAUCUCCAAUCAUAGUGUGGACGAUUUGCAGCAAAAUCUCGUAUCGUUGAGCCCUUCGUCAUCGAUUCUGGACGACAAUGGUUUCAAUGUGGAUAUCGAUGAAGAUUUUCUGGACGUCCCGGGAAGUCCAAAGACCCCCAGUGGCAACAGUGCGCCCCUGCCGCAGUACUCAGCCCGCGCCGAGGCCCGUGAUAUCAGAAGUUGGCAGAAGAUUACUCUGCCGGACGGGAAAACGCGUGAAAUAGACAUGAAGGUGAUUGAACCGUUCAAACGGGUAUUGUCCCAUGGGGGUUACUUGCAGUCCGGAGGACACAACGCCAUAGUGGUGUUCAGUGCGUGCCAUUUGCCCGAUCGUUCUCGGGCCGACUAUCAUUACGUGAUGAACAAUUUGUUUUUGUAUGUGGUGAAAACGCUGGAGCAGCUGGUGACCGAAGACUACGUGCUCAUCUAUUUGCACGGUGGAUCGGGUAGAGGCAAUGUUCCUCCAUUCCCGUGGCUUAAAAAGUGUUAUCAGUUAUUGGAUCGACGUUUGCGGAAGAGCCUGAAGAAUCUGUACAUGGUACAUCCAACAUUCUGGCUGAAAUCAGUAGUUUGGAUGGCCAGACCAUUUAUAAGUUCCAAGUUUUGGCGCAAGCUGGUUUAUGUGAAAACUCUGGAUGAACUGUACCAGCUCGUGCCCGUGGAAAAAGCCGCUGUUCCGGACAAAGUGAAGAACUACGAUUCGCGUCAUUCCUAACUUCAAACGUACCAGUUGCAGCAGCAGUUUCCCAGCAUGGCUUUGCCUUGUCAUUGUCGUCGUCGUCGACGUCGUCGUCGAUACCUGCAGCAUCAUCGAAGUUUCGCCACAACUAGAUUCAGCUGACAGUGACCUGGGCUUGGCCGGUAGCCGAUCUGACAAGGUAGGACGAUCUCGGUUAAUAUUUUAUAAUGCACGGACCUAGUCAAAACAAGAAUGUAAAAUAGUAUUAAGUGCGCAAGCGAAAGGAUAUCAUCAACGUUAGGGAAUAGAGUACUAUAAUAACGCAAUUUAUAAGCAAUGAUUUCAUCGACGGGACUUAGUAGAGCACUGGUUAUCGAAUAGUGUUGUACUGCGGUAAUGUACAUUCAUUCUAGGAAGAUAAAUGAUAUUAAUAUACACAAGUUAAAAACGAUAUCUGCGAGGAGCUGUUAUUAGGAAAAGUGUAGAGUUAGUUAUUAUAUUGUUGUACAUAUAAAUAUUCGAGAAAUGCUUUUUAAUAUCCAUCAUUCUACUACCGCUUGCAAGGGAUACAUGGUUAAACCACUUACAAACAGACAUAACACUCUAUAAAAUUUCAAUUGAUCGUACCUUGGCGAUCGUUUUGAAUUCAUUUAGUUUAUUUAAUUUAACAACCAAAGUCACCUAGGGCCCAUAUAACCGAUGCAGUUAGCAUGUGGAUAUUCAACAUGACCAUGGUGAGGGUGACGGGUUCGAUUCCUAGUCGGUCCAGGAACUUUUUCUAAAGAAAGUUUUCCUGAUUUCCUUGGACAGUCAAGAAUUAUGUAGAAUAAAGUAUCUACGUUUCUGCCACACCACAAACACAUGCAGAAUUGUCAUUGGAAGAGGAAGACUUUGACCCAUUUGGGAUAUGUAUUACGGGAACAAGAAGAAAAUGAACCAGCAGUGCGGGCAUCAUGGCAUUUCAAACUUGCACCUUCUUUCAGUCUUGUUUCAAGAUUCCGUGCAAAAUGCUCACCAGAUGGAUAUUAUAUGUAAAGUGAGCAAUAGAGACAUUUGUUCAAGGUGUUACGUCUGUUUGUCUGUGGUCAAACCAUGUAGUUAGGUUAACUAGUUUAAAUUGAUUCGGAUGAAGACUGCACCUAUAUCAUGGUUUAAACUGAUAAGUUUCCGGUUAUUUUCAUCUGACUAAAUUGUGCAGUAUUCAACAUAAUUUUCAGAAAAUCACAUUCAUUUGCACCGAAAUCUGUAAACAUUGAACCAGUGAAUUAAGGAAAUCGGACGUUCAAGUUGCGUUGCAUUCCAUAGUAACCUGUACAAUCGCAUUCGUGUAUGUGUGUGUCCAAUGAUGAUAACAAAUUUCUGAUCAUUAACAGUGUUUCGCAUAAAUGUGUAUUACUGACUGAGAAAAGCUUCAACAGUUUCACAGACGUGCAGCUGUGUUCAUAAAAAUAGCAGUGAUAGCCGUUUUUCAUACAAAAUGGCCAACUUUGACAAGCUGUAACUUUGUGCUCUAAUGAGCAAUUGAGCUGAACAUUUCACAGUGAACUACAAAUAUGGUGAAUAUUGGUAUAACAAAAUCUGAGAAUUUUCGAAGGUCGUGGGAAAAAAUUAAACACUAUGUGAAAUUGUUCAAAAAAAUUGCAGUGUGAAUAAAUUGAAAGGUAGCUUUACCUUGAAGUAGCAAGAAAUAUUUUCGCACGCUAUUCGAACAGUUUCCACCUUGAUAACAAGUUAUUGUUUGACGUUGAAAAUUUUAAAAAUGUUUGCUGUAUAAAAAUCAAAACAAACACUGCUAUUAUUUUGAUCAAUUUCACAUAGUGUUCAAUUUUUUUCUACGUUCUUCGAAAAUUCUCAGAUUUUGCUAUAACAAUAUUCACCAUAUUUGUAGUUUGCUGUCAAAUUUUCAGCAGAAUUGCUCAUAGUAGAAUAAAGUUUCAGCAUAUCAAAGUUUGUCAUUUUGUAUGGAAAACGGCUUUCACUGCUAUUUUUAUGAACACAGUUGUACAUUUGAUGAUUUAUCUUACAUGCAAGUAUGGGAACACUCACUUGCAAAGAGUUACACUCACUUGCUAUUUUCUCAGCUCAGAAACGCGCAAUCAAGAAACGAUGUAUGGACGACUUUUGCAUUGUGGUUUUGUCUAAAGCUUUGCCGAAUAGAGUACGGGGUCGCACACGCAU